ACCGACCAUGAACCGGACCUGAUUGAAUUAGUAGUGUUGGACCGAUUCGACCCGACCCGACCCCUUGACGCUCUCUUCUCCACCAUUUUUGUCAUUUUCAAAGGAAUUGAGAAUCUGCUAAAUGAUUUUUGAAGAAACUGUAAAUAUUGAAAAGGGCAAAAAUUGUUCAAGCUAGACGAAGACGAAGAAGAAGAUGUCUACGGAAAUUUCUUUAAUCUCAGCAUUACCAGACGAAAGCAAUCUGUUCGUGGACGUACUGCAUGAAGCACCUCUAUCCGGUCAUAGGAAGCCUACAAGCCUUAUUGGAAGUAUUUUCUACUGUUUCUUAUUGGCAAGCUUUGCUGUUUUGGCGGUGGGAGCUACAUGGAUAUUUCACCCUAUAAAAGGAUUAGUGUUCCCACUUCUUUGCAGUUGUAAUGUUGCCCUCCUUGUUGUCACAGGCAUUUUUCAGCAAUAUUUGGUCUAUCAAGUUAAGAAAAUACGGUUACAGGGGUAUUAUAUUUUCAGCCAGAAACUGAAGCAUAUUAUUCGCCUACCAUUUGCUACAAUCGCGUAUGGAACCGCUGCGAUGCUGCUUGUCAUGGUUUGGGACCCACAUAUUAGCAUCCUCUCUAUGUCUACACUACUCAGGAUUGUCAUGUUGACGGAAGUAGUAUGUGUUGGUUCUUUCAUGACAGUCUAUAUUGGUUGUGUUCACCAGUACAAUUCGUUGGAUUCCCAGCCUGAUGUUUUAAAGUCACUUUAUUCUCCACUUCAACCAUCAAGUUCUCUGGAAGGUUUGAGGUACCAGGAUGGCGGUCGACUAUCAGAUCAGCAGAUGGCGUUGUUGCAAUAUCAGCAAGAAAAUAUACACUUUUUGGGUGAGGAGAUUCUUAGACUGCAAGAAACCUUAAGCAAAUACGAAAGGUCUAAUGAUGGGAGCGCACCUCAGGUAGAUCUUGCUCACUUGUUGGCAACUCGAGAUCAAGAGUUACGCACACUCAAAGCUGAGAUGAAUCAAUUGCAAUCUGAGCUGAGGCUUGCUCGAUCUAUUAUAGAGGAGAAGGAUGCCGAGAUUCAGCGUAUUCGCAAUGUAAACAAUCAGUAUGUAGAAGAAAACGAGAGACUCAGAGCUAUUCUGGGAGAAUGGAGCAGCCGAACAGCUAAGCUCGAACGUGCUUUGGAGCUGGAAAGGAUAUCAAACUUGGAACUGCAGAAAAAAAUAACCACACUGAAGACUCAAACGCGUGAAUAGUUCAACCCGACUAACCACUGGGUUAGCAAGUAGUUACUUUUUUAGCAGUUAGAUCUUUUGCUGCGUAUAAUUGACCCUUGUGGUCCAGUCCUUCCAUGGACCGCGUGCAUAGAGCUUUAGUGUACCACACUGUCCUUUUUUAGAUCUUUUGCAAUACCAUUUUUGGAAGACCUAAUUGUCCUAUCUGCACAUGUACAGAUUAAGCUCAAACAAUAGUUUGCUUGAUGUACCAUCUUUCAGACUUUCAGCUUUGUAUAGUUUUUGACACUACUAUUUAUCUCAUAUCUUUUCUUCCUAUA